AUGAGUUUGUACAACUUUAAAAAGAUCGCUGUAGUGCCUACAGCAAAAGACUUCAUAGAUAUUAUUCUUAGUAAAACACAGAGGAAAACACCCACAGUAGUGCACAAACACUACAAAAUUAGCAGAAUACGCGGAUUUUAUAUGCGAAAAGUGAAAUUUACUCAACAGAAUUUCCACGAUCGUCUGUCUAGGAUUAUUCAGGAAUUCCCCAAGUUAGAUGAUGUACAUCCAUUCUAUGCAGAUCUUAUGAAUGUACUGUAUGACAAAGAUCAUUACAAGCUUGGUCUCGGACAACUGAACACCGCUAGACAUUUAAUUGACACUGUAGCGAAAGAUUACGUGCGUUUACUAAAGUACGGAGACUCGCUGUAUCGAUGCAAGCAGCUGAAGCGGGCGGCGCUCGGGCGCAUGGCCACCAUCAUGAAGCGACAGGCCGCCAACCUAACUUACUUGGAACAGGUCCGCCAACACUUGGCUCGUCUUCCCUCAAUCGAUCCAUACACACGGACAAUCAUCAUCUGCGGGUUCCCUAAUGUUGGCAAAUCCAGUUUUAUCAAUAAGAUCACUCGCGCCGAUGUCGAAGUGCAACCAUAUGCCUUUACCACGAAGAGCUUGUACGUCGGCCAUACUGACUACAAAUAUUUGAGAUGGCAGGUGAUCGACACGCCGGGCAUCCUGGACCACCCGCUGGAGGAGCGCAACGUCAUCGAGAUGCAGGCCGUCACCGCGCUGGCGCACCUCCGCGCCGCCGUGCUGUACUUCCUCGACCUCUCCGAGCAGUGCGGACACUCCAUACAGGAACAGAUCUCUCUAUUCGAGAGCAUAAAGCCAUUAUUCAGCAACAAGCCUUUAAUAGUGGUUCUAAAUAAAAUGGACGUGCUGACUCCUGAGGACCUGCCGCCGAACAAGAAGCAGAUCUACGACCAGCUACUAGAGAACUGCGCUAAAGGAAAUCUUGUCAACGCGGACCCGAACUCCGACUUGUCAGUGGUCCCAGUGAUGCGCAUGUCGACUAUCACGGAGGAAGGAGUGCAGGAGGUGAAGAUAGAAGCAUGCGAGAGGCUCCUGGGACACAGGGUCACUGAGAAAAUGAGGACUAAGAAGGUGGACGGCAUCCUGAACCGCCUGCACGUGUCGAUGCCGGCCCCGCGCGACAGCAAGGCGCGGCCCGCCGUCAUACCCGACUCCGUGCUCGCCAAGAAACAACUACAGGCCGACAAGGCACGCAAGAGGAAACUCGAGAGGGACAUAGAGGUCGAGGAAGGCGAUGAUUAUGUACUUGAUCUACAGAAGAACUACAGCGAGAUCCCGGAGGAGGAGCGCCACGAUCCCAUCCCCGAGUUCUGGGAGGGACACAACAUAGCGGACUACAUCGACCCCGACAUAUUCGACAAAUUGGCGGAGUUGGAACGCGAGGAGGAGUUACGUGUCGAGGGAGGAAUGUACGCAGUGCCCAAGAUAGAACUGGACGAUACCAUGAAGGAGAUCAGGGAACUCGCCAGGCAGAUACGCAACAAGAAGGCGAUCCUAAAGGACGAGUCCCGCCUGGUGAAGCAGUCGACGAAGCCAGUGAUGCCGCGCACCAGCCGGGCGCGGGCCAGGGACCGCUCCACUGGGAAACUCAGGGAGGAGAUGGAGAAACUCGGCGUGGACAUGUCAGACACGAAGGACGCUCACUUCACCCGCUCCCGCUCCCGCUCGCAGUCGGCGCCGGCCGCCAAGCGCGCGCGGGCUGACUCGCGCGGGCGGUCCGUCAGCAAACCCGCCAGGGAUACAGAGGGCGUUGGAGAUGCCAUUAUGCAAAGAAAAGCGAAAAAGCUCGCCCACGUCGCGAUCGCGAAGAAGACCAAGCGGAUGGGUCUCAAGGGAGAAGCGGACAGGUUCAUCGGGACAAAGAUGCCCAAACAUCUAUUCGCGGGCAAACGAGGAGUGGGCAAGACGGACAGGCGAUAG